AUGGUAUGUGUCUUUACCUUCAAUGAAGAAGUGCAAGAGGAAGAGCUGAUGGAUGGGUGUACGUCUUCCUUGGCCCGGGUAGACAAAGCGGGCUAUGCAGGACCUCUGGGGACGAUCAAAGGUGCCGGCUGGGUUACCGAGAUGAUCGCCAGACUCAACAACACCUACCCAACCCAAAUAGCCUCCAUAAACUCCACCCUCUCCUCCUCCCCUUCCACCUUCCCCCUCGAAUCUCCCAUCUACCUCGGCUUUGGACACGACACCACCCUCGAGAGUAUCAUCACUGCCAUGGGGCUCCUAAGGCCUGAGGAGGCGUAUAGUGGGAAUAUGACUUUGGAGAAGAUUGAUGAGGGGAGGAAGUGGAAGAGCUCGGUGAUGGCGCCGAUGGGGGCGAGGUUGGUCCUUGAGCGGAUGUCUUGUUCUGGAAGCUCUGCGGGUGGAACAUAUGUCAAGAUGAUACUCAACGACGCUACACUCCCACUCAAAGAUCUUGACGCUUGUGCGACCUCAUGGGGGGCUGUUCAAGGUCUGUGUAGCCUCGAAGCGUUUAACGAGGGUCAGGCGUAUGCGCUGGCUGGUGCUGGAUUCUCUAAUUGCUCUAAUAGUGAGUAA